CUCGGUUGGUGCACUUUUAUUUCGCGUGUUUCUAACCAACAGUCAUUUUCAAAACCUUGAGUUUUGCCAUUAGCGUUGUCCGUUGCUUCACGAUAAGCCUUGGUUGAUUUAUUUAGCGAAUACAAGAGCCAGAAUUUUUUUAAAUGUCCACUACUCUCACAUAACACGUCCCCCACAUUGUAUCUGUCUCAUGAGCAAAGAAUUAGAACGUGCUUCACAGAUCGGUAGCAAUACGUUGUUUUUGUUUCUACGGUCGUUCUCAUGGCAAAAAAUCUGCAGAAUAUCUGUCCAAGAUUUAUCAAAAUUCUUAAUAAUCAUAAAGUCCAUUGAUCUCUCUUUCACUUUCGCCUUCGUCAACAUCUUCUAUUUUAUAUAUGUAAAUACAUAUAUAUAUACAUAUGUAUUCGUUAGGUAAUAAUUUAUGGAGAAUCGGUGCCUGGUUGCGUCAUAUACGAAUGAUUCCGUGAGUGAACAUCUCUCGUGUAAUAGAUGGUAGACUAGGUUUAAUACCAGCCAAACGAACCGGUUCAACCAGCAAUGUAUUUUCGAUUAUGUAUUAUACGGACACCGGGUACAUGUUGCACAACUCAGAAGGAAUAAGUCCCUUUGGAGCACGUUGUCCUUGCCCCACAGCAACUCGGCCGAUCGAGCGAGACCCCAUACAUUCUUUUCUAGACUCCGGGUUAGCAGGCUAUUCGUCUAUACUUAAGCAUGAACACAUUGCGUUGCACGCACGCUGCAUACAUUUGAAUGCUUAUCCAAGGACGUUGCUUUACCGACACAGUAUAGUUACGUUAUACAGUAUUCGUAACGUCUUGUCUCGUCUAUACAUCUCGUACAAUCUUUAUCUCACCUGCUGUGAUUUCUAACGCACGAGGAAGUAUUCAGGCUCUCAGAGAUACCAGUAAUACUUGUCUGGACAAGGUCGAGGUUCUGGAUUUUAGUCACACUACCGGAAUUCCCAAAUUCAAUUUGACUAAUCGAGUUUUUCUCGAAGCAUUGCUCUCCUGAGAUUUUAUGUAUGUACAUAUAAUAAAAAAAGUCACAAUCUACAUUUCGGCACAAGCACGGGAGGUCAAAAGGCCUUUGGUAACGUACGUGGCGUUGAUUUAAAUGGAAUCUGAAUUUCACUUACGUAACAUUGACGGUCUAGAGUAUCCACAUUAAAUUUGUAUGGUUGCUGGUAUGUGUAAGUGUAGAAUUCUUAUAUCCGUAGGUUUGUCUUGAGUGGGUGUACGAGAUUUGAUUGUGAUUGCGCGACAAUCGCUCUCGCUAUUAAUAGUAACCUUAUCGAGGUGUAAUUUCGCUAUAAGGCAUCCCAGGGAGCGCAUUGCAUUUUCUUUUUCUUCGACAAUAACGCCCAGUUCGAUCAGUGCGCUUCCUCCCCACGUUGACCUCAUUUUUCCUCUGACCUGGUUAUGGCAUACUGCAUUCGGAUUGCUUCGAACAAGCCGCCAGCUAACAGGUGUUUCGUCAUCACCAACAAAGUCUAUAUCACUACCAGAUGAUAUUUCUGAAGCUUCUUGUACGUUUCAAAAGUGUUGAAAAUUUAAUGAAAAAUAGCAGAAUAUUUAUUUAAUCCCUCUGAUAUGUUUUAAUAAGUCUGCUACAUUUUUAAUAAAGGUUGUGUUGAGAGGCGCUGUGCGCGAUCGGUAACUUCACGUAACAAGAAUAAAAACAGUCGAACAUAAUAUAACCUCGUUUCUUGGUGAAAUGAUAUGAGACGUCAAUUAUAUAACGUGAUUCCACGGUUUAGGUAUGUGCUGAUAAUAAUGCUUAAGCACGCAACGGAUUUGUUGCAAUAUCAUUAUGUCCUGAUAUCUCAUAAUGGGUGGCAGCGCAGAAGAGUCACUAGUCAAAAUUCUGUUUUUCGCUAAGGCGCGUGAAUUGUCGGGAUUAAAAGAGUGUCAGAUCGCUUUGCCUAGGCAAAUAUCGUAUGCAGAUCUUGCAGACCGAGUAGUUCGCAAGUUUAAAUUGGAAAGUAUUCGUAAUAAUUUGAUUUUUGCUGUGAAUGAGGAAUUUGCCUUACCAGACAUCAAGUUUGAACUUUCUGAGAACGACGAGAUAGCUGUUAUUCCACCUCUUAGUGGAGGUUAACAUAAAGAUGUCGAAGGAUAUUGUUAAGCUUCAGAAAGAAAAGUUGAACAUUGGCGAAAUUGUUGACCUGGUUGUCUCACCUAAUUGUGGAGCUGUAUCCACUUUUAGCGGCACUACCCGUGAUAAUUUUGAAAAUAAAAAAGUUGUAAAGUUGGAAUAUGAAGCGUACGAACCAAUGGCAUUGAAGGAGAUGAAAAAUGUCUGUGGGAAAAUUCGUUUGCAGUGGAACGUUGAACGUAUUGCAAUAUUCCAUCGGCUUGGGGAGGUUCCUGUUUCGGAAGUCAGUGUUAUUAUAGCAGUUUCUUCACCCCAUAGGCAAGAAUCUCUUCAAGCUGUUCAGUAUGCAAUUGACACAUUGAAAGCGUCUGUACCAAUUUGGAAGAAGGAAAUAUAUGACACCGAGAAUUCCCAAUGGAAAGAGAAUGAGGAAUGCUCCUGGUCUACUAUUGACGCAAAGACAAUGGCAGGGGAAGCAGUUCACGUGUCAAUGACCAAAACCGAAGAUAGUUGCACAGAUAAAAAAUACAUUUUGGAAGAAGAAUCAAAAGAAGUAACUAUUGAUCCGAAUCUUGUUCAAAUUCGUGCAAAUCCCGAAGAAUUGAACCGGCGCAUAGAGUCAUUCAUAGAAAGAAAACGUCAGCAAGUGAAUAUCGUCAACGUGCAAGAAUUUUGCUGCCACAGAGAUCAAACCGAGGAGAAGGAAGGUUCAUGCGCGCGUGUCGAUGCUAUUCUUAUUCGCCGAAAAGAUUCAAAGAGUCAUAUGAAAGUUCACAGAGUAUUAAACCCUUGGGGCCCACAGACAGUCGAUCCUUCGACCUUAUAUAAAACAUCAACAUUACCACAUCAUUUUCCCAAUAUGAAAAAAGCUUAUUCAUCGGCAUUAGAAGAGAGACUAUCCACUUCUGAAAAAUUGUUGGGAAUGAACGGUCCCGUUCCGCGAGAUGUUUACGAAAGACUUAAAAAUAUAGAGGAUCGUUUAUUGCAUCUGGAAAGUAUUUCACCGGAAUACAAGGACUUCUGGGUCACCGAAGAAAGUGAGAGCCUGAAGAGUACUUAUAAACCCAUAAGGAAAAGGACGUUUUCCACGGCUGAAUUGGAUACGAAACUGCACGAGCUUGAAGACCGAUAUGUGAAAAAGAUUAAGUAACGUACACUUAAUUUAUGAACAAAUAAAGCAUUGUAUAUACGCACAGAUACACAUAAAAUGAUGUUUCAUUCAUUCAGGAUACAUUGUAUCGUAUAGUAUACUUAACAAAGUGUAUAGAUAUACAUUGAAAAAUAUACAAUUACCUUUAA